AAGCAGGGUCAUUACACCCAAUAGUAUUACAAUCGCUCACCUCGGCGUAAAAAAAAAAAAGAGUCAUGGUAACAAAACCCAACAAUAAUAAUCUACGUCAUACAUUCUACUGAUGAUUGUUGUUGUUGAACUUUUUAUUUUCCUUCAUUAUUUUCCAUUACUCUUUUUUAUUUGACACUUGAACGACCGUUUGAGGGAUCACAGACUUUUCUUUUUUGACUAAUAUCAAUAUUUGAAUAAAAAUAAAAAAGUAACCAAAAAAAAAAAAGAAAAAUACAAUUUUAUUAUAUAUAUUUUCCUUCAUUCGCACGCGUUUCUAUUUUUUUUUUUUAUUCUUCUUUUCUAUAUGGGAACAACAAAAAGACGACAGUCAAAACGAAAUAACUCUAGACAAGCAGCACUUUCCUUCCUUUCAAACAUUACGCUCGGUAAUGAAAACGAAGUAAGAAACUCUUCAACCACCACCACCAUGAUGGAAUCACCUACCACAACCACAACUCCAACGUUCUCAGAUACGCCUAUUGCUACUGCUACUGCUGUGUCAGGAAGAUCUAAUCUCACUCGAUAUGGUACCUUAUCAGUUACAAACGAUACAACCGCAAAAGGUAUCGCUCCUGAUUCUUCAGAUUCCAAUUCGUCAACCAUGGAUGAACACAUUCCCAUCACCUUGACUGUCGAUACUUCACGGCGCAGGAUAAGUGUUGCUCAUGCGCUCGAGCCCGCUUCCGCAAACUCCGUCCAUACCCCGCUGACGCCCGGAGGGGCAGGAGGCAAUAAUGGCGAAAAGCGAAGGUUAAGACGAGAGUCUACUUCCGAGAGCUUUUACAAUCAUCGUCGGUUAUCCAGUAGUAGUAGUACUUCUUCCGAAGUCAUACAUCAGUAUAAAUUGACUAGAGAAGAUAGUGAACGACCCAUUGCAUCAGAAAAAAUUAAAAAAAGAGCCGAUCCUCAGGAUACCACCAAUCCAAAAAAUUCUGAAACAGGCACCAUGGGUUUUAUGUCUGUAUUUCGUUAUUAUAAGGGAAUCAUAAGACAACCAAAAAGAAGGUCUGAAUAUUAUAAUCAUAACCACCACGUACAUUAUCCAAGUUACUUUCACCAACAUCUGUCAACGAUGCAUCUCAAACACCGUAAGGCUCUUUCCUAUGGACAUUUUCUAUCUCCUCAAUCUGAACAAGUGGUACCUCAUCCGAGUAGCAGCAGUGACGAAAUCACACCUAUUACCAAGUUAUUACCACGUCAUGUACCCUCAUCGUAUGACCCUUAUUAUCUAGAUGACGAGACAACGCUAGAAUAUCCCAAUUACAUGAUCAGCUCUCAGGGUUCGAUUGCUGACAUCAAUAUGAUACGAGCCUCUACUUCCAAUGCAAAGAAAAAGGAACUCAAUGAACUUUUCAGAAAAACCCAUCCUGAGAUAUCAACAAACAUUACCUUGUCUAAAAUCAACGCUAUCAAAUUUCAUUUGCUACAGAUUGGGAAAGUUAUGGAUCUCGAAAUAUCAAGCGUCUCGCAUGCCUUUGUUUAUUUUGAAAAACUGGUUUUAAAGCACGUCGUAAACAAACAAAACCGAAAGCUUUUGGCAGCGUGCUGCUUAUUCCUUGCUACAAAAGUCAAUGAACCCAAAGGAUCCUGGUUUAAAUCACUUUUAGAGACAAUUCAUGCUGAAUUAAAUGUAAACUCCAAAGAUGUCCGGGACUAUGAAUUCGCAGUAUUCGCAGAUCUUGAUUUUAACCUCUAUGUGCCAAUCAGUGAAUUCAUGCCACACUUUGAAAGAAUCUGUCAAGCUUUGGAAAUUCAAUGUAUCGAGGAUCAUCUCGGUGGUGAGGCCUUUUACAAGAUCACAGAGGGUGGCUAUGAAAUAGCUGGCGCUGCCACUUCUUCUGAUCCUACCUCUCCAAACUAAAAACACAUAUUAUUUCUUUAUUUUACAUACUUUUUUCCCCUUACACACAACACACACACACACACACACACACACACACACACACACACACACACACACAAACCCCCUUUUAUUUUAUUUUAUUUCAUACACAAAACAUCUAGCCCCUACCCUUUAAACUAUAAUCCAUAUACCGAAAAAAAAAUCUACACAAAUAAACAUAUU